UUAAGUAACGUUGAUAUACUCAAGAUUAAAUACUGGGCGGACAACGCUUCUGUCCGCGAAUUGAUUCCAGGGCAACUCUCAUUAGAGAAACAGCAGAUCAUCACGACGUAUGUGCUCCAUUAUGGAUUCACCGGCAUCGGCUCAUACAAGGAGCUUAUCCAUCAAGUCGAAGGUACCUUUCAAGGAGGAAACUACGAAUAUGCACUUCUGCUAGUUGUGUAUAACGAAGAUGCCUCUGGCUACCCUAAGGUUUUAGGCGACAUCGACAUUGAUGUCAGCAAGAGAACCGGCGUUACAAGUUUCAUUACUGCUACUGUCUCGCGAACUGAUAAUAAUCCAAUUAUCGAAAACCUCAUCAAGCCCUCAAACUUCGUGGGAUCCGGCCCAAUUCCCCCACCAGAUAGAGUUGUGCUCAACAUCAUCGCUAGGGUGAAGCCCAACGUAUGCCAUUUCAUCCGAAUCACCUUCAAGGUAAAUGUGGGAGAGAGAUGA